AUGGGUGCAAUCAUGUCCGCCUUCACACUCUCCCCGCUAAAGUACGGUAAAGCAAUCUCGGAAGCGUACCCACCUAAGCCUAAGUGGUCGACGGAAGACAUAGGUAACUUGACGGGCAAAGUCAUCAUCAUCACCGGUGCCAACACUGGGAUUGGCUUCGAGUGUGCACAGACUCUUGCAUCGCAUGGCGCCAAAGUAUACGUCUGCGCUCGGUCGGAGCAGAAAGGAUUGGACGCAGUCAAGCGAAUCACGGAAAAGAUUGGUGGUGAUAGCGGACUCAAAUCGGGGCAAGCCGACUUCCUACUCCUAGAUCUGGCCGAUUUGCAGAGCGUGAAAAAGGCAACCGAUGAAUUUCUAAAGAAGGAGAGCAGGCUAGAUGUGUUGAUGAAUUCCGGUGGUGUCAUGAUGCCUCCGGCAGGCAGUGUCAAUGGCGCUGGAUUGGAGCUCCAAUUUGCGACAAACGUAUUGGGACACUUCGCUCUCACACGCUUGCUGCUACCAACGCUCCUGCAUACGGCCAAGACAUCCGAAAACGGGACAGUUCGUGUGGUCAACGUAGCGUCGUCCGCAAUCAUGAUGGCUCCUUGGGGAGGUGUCAAGCUCAACAACAUCGAAGGAAGCUCCCAGAUGCAAAAUUAUGGCCAGUCGAAACUGGGAAAUAUCAUCUUCUCCAACGAGCUCGCGCGCCGCUAUGGCGAUUCCGGCAUCUUGUCGGUGUCGCUGAACCCAGGUAACAUCCAGACAGAGCUAUGGCAACACCAGAAGUCCUUCUUCACACCGAAUACCUUCAUACACAAGUAUCCGGUAGCAAUGGGCGCGCUCACUCAACUGUAUGGAGCAACGUCGCCGGAACUUACCAAAGCGGACUCCGGCGUGUACUUGUUCCCCUGGGCACGCAAAGGAGAGGCUCUCCGCAAGGAGGCUUAUGAUGUAACCUUGGGAUCGCAAGUAUGGGACUGGUGCGAGGAGCAGAUGAAGGCGGCUGGUCUAUAG